AUGAUUGGUAAUACUUUACGAGGACUAUGCCAAAUUAAUUUUGGACGUUUUACGUCAUAUCUUCGUUUUAUCAACAUUUCUAGUUUGCCUGAAUUUUGUGUAAUUCCUACUACUCAUCAACGUGAAAUUCAAAAAGCUGUAGAUUUUACUGAAAAAUAUUUAAAAGAUCGUCAUCAUUCAAUUUCUGAAGCAAAUGUAUAUAAUCCAAAAGUAUUAAUAGCUGCUAUUCUUCAUGAUGUUUUGCAAGACAACAUGGUAACAAAAGAACAAAUUGUAAAAGAAUUUGGAGAAGAUAUUGCAAAAAUUGUUGAAGAAUGCACUGUAUACACUAGUCAAUCAAAAUCACAUGAGCAAGAAGAUCAAAAAUUAAUUGCUAAUUCAAUUAACAAUUCAUUAGAAGCAAGAUUAGUUUUAUUUGCAGAUAGAUUAACAAAUCUUAAGCUACUUGAACAGAUUGAUCCUGAAAAGUGGAAAGAGAGAGAUGUAGUUAAUUAUUAUCGACGUUCCUACCGUCUUAUUCAUAAAUGCAAGGAUACAAAUGAAAUAAUGGAAGAAAAAAUACGGAAAAUUUGUCAAGACAAAUUUAAAACAUUGGAUUGUUAA